AUACAGUUCCCAUGACAGAGUCCAAAAUUCUGCCUUUCCUUUGGGCCAUGUAUUCGCACUACAAACUAAAUUUAUCUUACCAUGGGUAACAUAACCAAGGGAGCCAGCACAUCCACAACUGAGUCUGACCCUUUCACUUACUCCCUUUCUUCCUGUAGGCGGAAGGGAUUUAAGUCACUUCAGGCAAAACUAUAUGAAGCAAUAAUGAAAGAUGACAGCACCAGCAUUAAAGCUUUACUAGCACACCAGCCUGUCAAUGAACCACUGAUUGUCUGGGAUAACUGUGCAUGCAGAAGAUCACUGUCAAUCCAGGAUCGGUCUAUUCUUCCAAUUCACUUAGCUGCCAAACACAGAAGAGAGAAGAGUUUGCGUUGUUUGCUAGAAUCUGGUGCUGACCCAAAACUAAGAGAUAACAGAGGUUACACAGCACUUCACCUCCUCCUGCUACACUGGCCAAAUAUUUAUCUAACUGGGACAGACAUUUUGACCAGAUUUCAGAGAAACCUGGGAAUUACACAGAGUAAUGCAGAAGAAUGUCUUCGUAUCUUGUGUGAGAAGGAAGUUCAAACAGAUCCUGAAAUGGAUAGUAACUACAAACACAGCUCCUUACAUUUAGCCCUACACUCUGGAGCCUCUCGAGCUAUAUCUAUUCUAAUUGAGAAUGGUGCCAACAUAGAUGACAGAGAUGAGUUUGGCAAAACAGCGCUUCACACUGCUGCAGAGCAUUUGAACAAGGAGGUAACAGAAACUUUAAUCACCUGUGGAGCAAACAUUAAUUGUACUCUUCCAAUUUAUGGAAAAACUGCUCUUCAGCUUGCAGUGUGCACUGCAUCAUCUAAAGCAGGCACAGUUUUAGCUGCCGAUAUAGAUUGCAUCCAUUUACUGUUAAUGAAUGGAGCCAAAGUAAAUACUCAAGAUUGUGAAGGACGAGCAGCUAUUCAUGAUGCUUGCUUGGGAGGCAGAAAAGAAAUAGUUGAUCUCCUCGUAGAUUACCAUGCAGAUGUUAACAUUUUAACAAGACAAGGGCAAUCUCCCCUUUUUCUGUUUCUUCAACACAGGUCAAAUCUAAGAUGUACAUCACUGUUAAAUAAGUUGUUAAACCUCUCAUACCCAUUGAAGCUAACCAAUAAUCAAGGAGAUCUACCCACUGGACUUCUGCUCCAAGAAUUUCAAAUACAAAAAGACUUUCUUGUAAGAUUAUCACAUAACAUGUUGUCUCUGCAAGACAUCUGCAAAAUCACUGUCAGAAGAAUAUAUGGGGAAAAACACAAACAAUGCUUGAAAAAACAACUUCCUGUAACUGUGUGGAAUUCUUUAUACAACUACCAGGACUACUCACAACUUUGGUAAAUAAAUCUCAUGACUUAAACAGUCACAAAAUUAAAUGAUUCUGGCAAA